CAUGCUCAGCAAAUGAAGUCUGCUCUCCGUUCGCUCCUCAAAGUAGGACAGAUCGCGCCGGAUUAAGCGUUAAUCUGAGUCUUCUGCGCAUGCGCAUGAACGCGCGCUACAAGCGGACAAGGUGCGCGUUCGAAGAAGAAACGAACCGAGCCGGUUUCGAGCAGCGACAACGCGAAUGAAGCCCACGGAGUACCGAAACCUUGAGGAAUUCAUCUUUCUGCCAGCGGAGGACUGUUUUCAGUUUAGUUUUGAGCGUAAUGGAAGAUGUUUGGGCACUUUUGCGCAAUCCCUCAUGUUAUCGCCUCACAGACACGCGUCGCGCGCGCAGAUUACGCUUAAUUUGAGCGGAUUUGAGGAAACAGACGCGUUUACUGUCAGUCGAGGCUCUACUGAAGACUGAAAGUGGCUUGUUUGGGUUUAAGAUUGACCCAGAUGCUACUGAAAACUGUCAAUCAAGAAGGAAACUCUUGAAGCAAUAAAAACAUCAUCUCUGUUAUAUGAAGACUGUCAGAUCCACACAGUGAUCCAUGUUUGUGGAUAUGCAAACACAUCAGAACGAGACGCUAAAUUUAUCAGCUUGCUUUGGAGUAAACAGCGUUGCUUUAAAACACUCCACAGUCAUAAAUCAUCUCCAGCCCUAACCAUGGUCCACUGAGCCAUGCCGUUCAUCCUCCCACGAUCCCAAAAUGGCAAAAUGUGAGCUCAUCGAGUUGCAGGACUUGACUCCGAAUGACCGUAUUGAGCUGGCACCCCCUAGUGUCCCUCCACCCACCGUGGUGCCCACUCUGGACAGGUGGAGCAGAGGGAAGGUGGUGCGCAUGGUGGGCGAGCGCGUGCGCCUGGAGGACCCCGAUUGGCUGACGUGUAAACCAGGACGAGGACAUGACUUUCAGCCCUGCAGCCAGACACAGCUGAGCUGGUGUGACCUGUGUGGAGAGUUCAUCUGGGGCCUGUACAGACAGAGCCUCCGCUGCACACACUGUAACUACACUUGUCACUACCGCUGUCAACCCUUCAUUCAGCUGGACUGCAGCUCCAACACCGACACUAUCUGCGAACAAUCAAACUACAGCGAGGACACCAUCGAGACAGACACCAAUGUGGAUGAGCAGUCUGAAGUGGACUGGAGGAAACAGGAUCUGUCUGUCACUGAAAUACAGCAGAAAGUGAAGGAAUACAAUGCUCAGGUCAACAGUAACCUCUUCAUGGUUCUGAAUCGUGACGGCUCAUACACUGGCUUCAUCAAGGUCCAGUUUAAGCUGGCGCGACCCGUGUCUCUUCCUCCUCCCCGCAGCGUCUCCUCCUCCUCCAUCUCCUCCUCUUGUUUAGGAUGGGAUGGCGGCUGUCAGGAGCGAACUUCCUUCUACCUGCCCAGAGACACAGUCAAGCACCUGCACAUCAGCUCCAGCACCCGUGCCAGAGAGGUCAUCCAGGCCCUGCUCAACAAGUUCACUGUGGUGGACAAUCCGGCUAAAUAUUCCCUGUAUGAGCGCAGCCAGCGGGACAAUCAAGUGUACUUAAGGAAGUUAGCUGAUGAUGAAUGUCCACUUUUCCUGCGUCUGUGUGCUGGACCCAAUGAGAAAGUCCUGAGUUUAGUGCUUAAAGAGAAUGAAACCGGGGAAGUGAAUUGGGAUGCGUUCAGUUUUCCUGAACUCCAGAACUUCCUGCGGAUUCUCCAGCGGGAGGAAGAAGAUCACGUCCGGCAAAUCAUACGCCGAUACACUCUGGCUCGUGAUAAGAUGAAAGAGGCUAUGAAGAACUUCAGCAAGCCUGGCUGAAUGAAUCUGUGUUUAUACCUCACAAACAAGAGAGAUCGAGGAGGAAACAAGGCUUAUUACUGUCUGAGUCCAAAGAGUGUGUGAAAGAGCCCUUCGUCCUACUGUGGACAUAAUGAGGGUUGAAAGUGAAAUGCAGUGAGCGAGAGAAGAGAUGCGUGUGUUUGAAGCAUGACUGUUGAGUGUGACUUCACACUGGAGGAAAUGCUGCGCUCGUAGCCGUAGAUCCAGUGGAGAGAUGUCUUCCUGUGGAGAAUCUAUAUAUCAGUGCAGAUUACAGAGUAUUUUCAGCACCAUUUAAACUUGUCAUAGGAAAUUAAACGAGGAUUAUUUUAAUAUCUGUAUCAAAAUGCCACCUGUUAGUGACACAGUAACUUGUCAUAUUUUGAAGCUCCCAUGUAUAUAUUUGGAUGUUUGUUGUCAAUUAUUCUGAAAAUAGAUACAAAUAAACUAUUUUUCCCUUUAAAAU